GCAAGUUAUGCUAUAAGAAGCUUAAAUUUAUUAUAAAAAUGAGUCUUCUUCUAGGUUGUGGUGUUUGUUGUAUGCUUUUGAGUAUAUGGGCAAUUCUGCAAUUGUUUGUAAUGGGGAUUUUCUUUAAAAUGGAAGUACUUGCGUUCAUAGAAGAGGCGGAACCUGAUCAUCAUGGGUAUGAAGAUUACGACGAUUUCAUGAAACAAACUAAAGAAAACUAUCAAUUGAUAGCUGUUAAUUGUUGGGUUGCAACCUUUAUUUACGUGAUAACGUUGGGUUUGUCGUACAUGUGUAUCAAGCACGCAAAAAAUAAAGAAAGAAUGGCCGCUGAUAACGUGCAAGAUGACGAAACAUACUGUAGGAGUAAAGCUAAGAGAUUGUAAGAUUUAACGUAGUCCUAAAUAUUGGUUGGUUUUUUCUACUACACCAAUAUUUCAUGUGCAUUUAAUUUUAUUACUAGUUUUUUUUUG